CGGUGGCGCAAGGCGUGAGGGUGUUUGAAAGUUGAGCUCGAGCCUUUGUGCGCCUUUCACUCUGCAGCGCGCCUUUAGUUGAACUGCUGCGCCCUGCAGUGGCCUGGGCUUAGCUUAGGGUGAGCCCGCACGGGCCCUGCUCGCAAGAGCUUUCCAAGGCGUGAACUUGUAAGUGCUACGCAGGAGAAGGUCGAGAGCCGAGUCUGCGAUGAGUGACUCGGACACCAAAUGGAAAGGGACGCCCAAGAUUCAGUCAUCGAGAUACAUGUUAAUGCAGGAUCCCUUAAAGUCAGAAUUAAUGCUGGAAACCCAUGUUUGACAAAAAUGUCACAAUUUUAAAUAAAGAGCAUCAUUAGCAGUGCCAAGCUGAGCCAUCCUGGAGCCUGAGUCCAGGAAAAAAAAAAAAAAACAGUAAUAACUGGGUUUUUUUUUUUUUGCAGUGAGUUAAGUUAGUCUGUCUUCAAAGAUGAAGACAGACCCUGGAGGAAGUGAACUGGAGAAAUGAGUUCUGAGAGGCAUGAAGCAGAAGUUUCCUUACCCAAAACUAUGACAGUAAAGAUGCACCCAAAUUCCUAAGGUCUGAGAGCAGUUCCCAGACGCUGUCAAAAAAAGAACAUUGCCCCGACACACUUUAGUUGACUGAAGCUCAAUGCUUUCUGAUUUAUUAAUUAGGAGAUUGAGAACAUUAUUUUUUCCUAGUUUAGGGCUUUUUACUUUGACUCAACGGAAUAUUCUGCUGUAAGAUGGUAACUGCAAUAUCAAAACCCACAUAAAUUCCAUAUUAUUGUGUCAAUGAUUUUAACUGAUUUUGCUUUGGACUCACCAGGAAUCUCCACUUCCAUCCAAAGGUCAAAAUCCAUGAAACCAUUCAUUUUUUGCCUUGUAAUUCAUGGGGAAAAGCAAGAGAAUGAAAACGCACUCAGCUCACUGUUGUUGCCUGAGGAUCUAGGCAGUUCUUCAGAGCAUCAUCAUGGGUAUCCGAGGACUAAUGAGCUUUGUGGAAGAUCAUGGUGAUGAGUUCUUCACUGAUUUGAAGUUGCGAAACACAAAAAUUGUUAUCGAUGGUUAUGCUCUGUUCCACCGGCUUUGCUUCAGUUCGGGCUUGGAGCUCCAGUAUGGAGGGGACUAUGAUUCUUUUGCAGAUGUUGUGGAAAAAUUCUUUGAAUCAUUGUUUGCUUGCAAUAUAUGCCCAUACAUUGUAUUAGAUGGAGGGUGUGAUAUUUCAGAUAAAAAGCUUACAACUAUAAAGGAUCGAGCUAGAGAGAAGAUCCAAAUGGCCCAUUCCCUUUCUGUUGGUGGGGGUGGGUAUGUAUGUCCCUUGCUCAUCCGGGAAGUGUUCAUACAGGUUUUGAGCAAGCUUCGGGUGUGUUUUGUCCAGUGCUUUUCAGAAGCAGAUCGGGACAUUAUGACACUUGCUAAUCACUGGAAUUGUCCCGUGUUAUCAUCCGAUAGUGACUUUUGCAUUUUUGACCUGAAAACUGGAUUUUGCCCUUUUAAUACCUUUCAUUGGAGAAACAGGAACACUAUUAAGGGCACGCAAGACUAUUACAUCCCAGCCAAGUGCUUUUCCCUGGAUGCAUUCUGCCGACGCUUCAGCAACAUAAGUAGAGACCUACUCCCUCUGUUUGCCGUGCUUUGUGGAAAUGACUAUGUUAAUCUACCCAUCAUGGAGACUUUCUUCAGCAGAGUACGUCCUCCUCUUGGAGCUACCAGUUCUAAAGGGAGAAGACACCACCGAGUUCUGGGACUUCUGAAUUGGUUGUCUCAAUUUUCUAAUGCUGCUGAGGCACUAGAGAAUGUUCUGAAAUAUCUUCCCUCCAAAAACAGAGAAAAUGUUAAGGAACUUCUCUGCAGUUCCAUGGAAGAAUACCAGCAGUCCCAGGUGAAGCUGCAGGACUUCUUCCAGAGUGGUACUUAUGCCUGUCCGGGGGCCUUGGAUCUGGGUUUACCAGAAUGGGUGCUAGCAGCUUUGGCCAAAGGCCAGCUGUCACCUUUCAUCAGUGAUGCUCUGGUGCUAAGACGGACCUUCCUUCACACCCAGGUGGAACACAUGCAGCGCCCAAGUGCCCACAGAAUCUCGCAGCCCAUCCGGCAGGUCAUCUACGGGCUGCUUUUGAGUGCCUGUCCCUGUCAGGAGGCAUUGCCACCUCAGCCUCUAGUUUUUAGCGAAGUGGAGAGGAUUAAUAAAAAUAUCAAAACAUCGGUUGUUGCUGUAGAAUUUCCCAAGGAUCAUUUUGACGUAAGCAACUUGACAGAGCUGUCCUUGGCCAGUCGGCAAAUGCUUCUAACAGAAACUCUGAAGGUGAAACGAACUGUCCUGGACCCGAUCCCUGCUUUGUUGAAAUUGCCCAUUGCUGUCAGCUGCUACUGGUUACAGCACUCGGAGGCCAAGGCCAAGAUGCAUCAUCUCCAAGCCCUGCUGCUGGGCAUGCUGCUGGGGCCCCUGCAGGCCAUGAUCAACAGCCCUGAUAAGGAAGAGCUGCAGGAAGGUGGUGCUAAAAAGUUGUAUGAAGAGCUCCAAAGAGUGAAGCAGCAGACGCGGCCGGGCACCAGACUAGACCUAGACACAGCUCACAUCUUCUGUCAGUGGCAGAGCUGUCUGCAGAUGGGGCUCUAUCUCAACCAGCUGCUCUGUUGUCCCUUCCCAGAGCCAGACCUAACUCGAUUGUACAGUGGAAGCUUGGUGCACAGCCUGUGCCGACAGCUGCUGGCGUCAGCCUCUGUAGAAAGUCUCCUGAGCAUGUGUUCUGAGGCUCAGCACCUAUAUCAACAGCUGUUCAAUGCCACAAAGUCACAUGCCCCUGCUGAAUUAUUCCUUCCAAAGGGCAAAUCCAGUUCAAAGAAAAAAAAGCCAAAGAAACAAGGUACCAGCCAGUCAAAGAACAGAGUGGGAACUACCUCAGACACUAGGAGUUGGCAAGAAGAGAGUAAUCGAUUUGGGAUAUUAAUGGUUGAUAACCCAGAAGAUCAUACUGACAUUACAAAGCUUGAAUAAACUCAGCCUACAACCAGAUGUGUAAUUCUUACUUAAAAUUUUGUUACUACCCUUGAAUUUAACUUUUUCCUUUAGAUCUAACCUGUCAGGGGCUAAACAUUGCAAUAAUCUUUGAAUUCCAGGGUAUUCUGUAUUCUGCUUUUAAUAAAUACAACCUUAAGAGACU